AUGGCCACAUUGCAGAACUCCAAACAGCACCUUAAGAAGUACCUUGAACCCCUCCAGGUUGAGAUCGAAACCUUGUACGAUUUGUCAUGUCGCCUGUCAGCCUCAUAUAAAAAGUUGGCGGCGGAAUCGUCAGAGCACUUUAUUCCAUCGGCUAUUACCUCCCUUCCAACGGGUUAUGAAAAGGGACGCUACCUCGCUGUCUAUGUCGGUCUGUCCUACCUCCGUGUAGCCUUUAUCGACCUACUUGGCGACCAGCAUGUCAAGGGACAGGCACGCGUACGCCGCACACUAGAAAAGGCAUGGCCUAUUGAAGAGCGUCUCCGCAAGGACCAGUCUAUUGACCUCUUCACCUGGAUUGGAGAUUGUAUCGCCGAAGUCGUGGCGGAUAGACUGGCCAAUCCGAAUGAGGAGCGGAUUGACCAAAUAACGACAGCACUAAUAAAGUGUAGACAAGAUGCCCUUGACGAAGCAAUCCUAAUGCCAACAGGAAAAGGCUUCUCCCUUAGCUCAGACCUCAAUCUCCGCCAGUCAUUGUUGAAUGGAUAUGCACGCCACACAUAUUCCUCCCAUGGGGAUGAAAAUGAUGCCGACAUGCCUUCUAAACGCCGCAGACUGUUCUCAUUGCCGAAGUUGAAAAUCGCAGUCAUGAUCAAUGAUACAACAGCGACCCUUGCUUCCCUGGCGUACUCCAUCCCUUCCCUCCCCAACACCCGCGUGGUCAUGGGUCUGAUCGUGGGCGCCGGAUGCAAUACCACAGUGCCUAUGAAACUUGCCGAGUUGCAUGCGUCCAAGACCAAAAGCAUUCUCGAGAAACAUCCCGGUGCGCGCGAGACUCUCAUCUCCACCGAAUGGACUGUUUCCACUGCGGCGGCGUCUUUCGAUGAGCUCGGCAUUCGCACGAAAUGGGAUCAUCAGCUCGAUGAUAAUUCCAAACGACCGGGGUUCCAGCCGAUGGAAUAUAUGGUCGGUGGUGGUUAUACGGGAGAGCUUGUUCGCAUCAUCUGUUACGAUUGGUUCCAUGGGGUCUUAGGGGUGCAGCGCUCCGAGUUACCGCUCAAGUUGGUCGAGGAAUAUUCCAUGACGACGGAGUACCUGUCGCUUGUCGUCGCGUCUUCUAUGUCUGAUGAGCGAUUGGCCGGUGAAUUGUCUAAGAGUCUUCCACCCCCUCCCGAGAGUAAUUGGAAAUGGUCGUCUGAGUCGGCCCGUGAUCUUCGCGCCAUUGCUUCCGCAGUGCAAGAUCGAGCGGCUUCCCUGGUAGCGUCUGCCGUCGUUGGUCUUUUAGCCUGCACCGACGAAGUCCAAUUGUGCAACAAAGCGCACACGGGACCAAGUGAGGUAGACAAGAGUGACGCUCAAGUCACAAACAAUACGGACUCUGAUGUAGUCUCAUCGUCGACGCCUGGUUGGAAUAGUGGGCCCGAGGAGCUGGCUGUGGCGUUUUCUGGUGGAGUCAUUCAACACUACCCUCACUAUAAAGAGAAUGUACAGAGAUAUAUCGAUCGACUCUUGCUGCGAGCUGGUCCUCAGGCAGGGGGGAAGAGUGUCUUCUUGCGGGAGGCCAGUGACGGCGGGAUCAUUGGCACUGGUGUUCUGGCAGGGACUGUCUCUGGGGAAAUCGGGAAGAUCAAGGUUACCAAACGUGCGUCAUGGCGAGAAUGA